CAUGUGAGAUAGUCACAGUUUUAGAGAGAACGGGGCAAGAUCUAACCAUUUCAACUCCGUGUCUGUUGUAGCAUGAUCACCCUCACUACUGGCGCAUCACCAUUUAAAUAGCAAUUCUGUUUUUGCUAAAAGAAACUUGGACGGAAAAAAAGAACCAAGAUCUCCAUUUAAACCUGGCUGCAGAUUCCCAGCGAUUAAUUACAGUACUGAGAGACUUCGGGGAAGCAACAUUGGGACCCUUUCAUCCAGAUUUAUUUAUUUUUUUGCUGUACUAGAAUAUAUUUUUUCUAUCGUAUUUCACAUAUAAAAAGACAACGACAACAACUUACUCUCCUGGAAAAAAAUAAAAAACAAACAAAAAAAAAACUUUUUGGAAGGUAUUGCUAUACUGUAUAUAAUAAUUCCUCCUUGAUUUUUGAAUGCACCGAUGAGAGAUCCAGCUUUCACAGGGACCGCCAUGGCUUACCACCCUUUUCACGCUCCAAGACCGGCUGAUUUCCCCAUGUCUGCCUUCUUAGCGGCGGCUCAGCCUACUUUCUUCCCAACGCUGGCGCUGCCUCCCGGAACGCUAACCAAGCCCAUCCAGGAUCCCACUCUCUCCGGAGCCGUAGAGGCUGGGCUUCACUCGGCGCUGGGACACCACCAUCAAGCGGCACAUCUGCGCACACUGAAGAGCCUGGAACCCGAGGAGGAGGUCGAAGACGAUCCCAAAGUCACUCUGGAAGCAAAGGAACUCUGGGACCAGUUUCACAAAAUUGGAACCGAGAUGGUGAUCACGAAAUCGGGAAGGAGAAUGUUUCCCCCGUUCAAAGUGCGGGUAAACGGUCUCGAUAAGAAAGCCAAGUAUAUACUGCUGAUGGAUAUUGUAGCUGCGGAUGACUGCCGUUAUAAGUUCCACAAUUCUCGCUGGAUGGUAGCCGGCAAGGCUGACCCCGAGAUGCCCAAAAGAAUGUACAUCCACCCGGAUAGCCCUGCCACAGGAGAGCAGUGGAUGGCCAAACCUGUUGCCUUUCAUAAACUAAAGCUGACUAAUAAUAUUUCCGACAAGCACGGAUUUGUAAGUACUUCUACUAUUCUGAACUCGAUGCACAAGUACCAGCCCAGGUUUCAUAUCGUGCGGGCCAAUGACAUUCUCAAGCUCCCCUACAGCACCUUUAGGACUUACGUCUUCCCGGAGACCGACUUUAUCGCCGUCACUGCUUAUCAGAACGACAAGAUAACGCAGCUUAAAAUUGAUCAUAACCCAUUCGCAAAAGGAUUUAGAGACACGGGCAACGGGAGACGAGAAAAGAGGAAGCAGUUAACCCUUCCCUCGCUGCGGAUGUACGAGGAUCAGUGCAAAGCCGAUCGAGAUUGUUUGGAUUCUGACGCCUCUUCUAGUGACCCUGCACCCGGCAGAGACACCGUGCACUCUCCGCUAUGCCCCGCGUCCAGUCCUCUUCGUUUCAACCGAGGCAGUCGAGAUGAAAAACACUGCACUGACAGUGAGCAGGAAUUGGACCCACAAGAGGAGCGAUCAGGUGGGGUCAUCAGCCCGGGCCCAGAGCCCCCGUCCCCGGUCAGCCCACGAUCAGAGGAACGGGUAAAAGAGAAACCCAGCCCGGACAAGAAAGACAAGUCUCCCGAUUCGAGGAAAGACAGCGACUCGAUUUUCAGCAUCAGAAAUCUGGAAAAGGACAAGUCGGAAAGCAGGCACCAGAAAGGCUCUGACUCGUCGAAGAAGGAAGCUGCAGACUGUGGAAGCAGCGGCAGCGGCAAGGAUGGGUUCGCCCCUUUGAUGGUACAGACUGAGAGCCCCUCCCAUUUUACCGCUGGACACUUGCAAAGCUUGGCUCUGUCCGGUCUGCAUGGACAGCAGUUUUUCAACCCGUUAAACACCGGGCAGCCCUUGUUUAUCCACCCGGGACAAUUUGCAAUGGCCCCUGGGGCGUUCUCCGCCAUGGGGAUGGGACACUUACUCGCCUCGAUGUCCGGUGCAAACAGUCUGGAAAAUGGUUCUAUGGCCGCAGCUCAAGCGGCGGGAGGGUCCACUGCGUUCCCCUUCCACCUGUCUCAACACAUGCUGGCCGCCUCUCAGGGUAUCCCGAUGCCUACCUUUGGAGGGCUGUUCCCUUACCCGUACACGUACAUGGCAGCAGCCGCGGCGGCAGCGUCAGCUCUCCCAGCAUGCAGCGCGGCCAGCUCUGUGUCCCGAAACCCAUUCCUCACCACUUCCCGACCCCGGCUCCGGUUCAACCCUUACCACAUCCCGGUAUCCAUCCCUCAAAGCAACAACCUCCUCACUACCGGAUUACCCAGCAACUUGAACCCGGGCUCGGAAGGCUCCAAGUCGGGGAGCAGGGAGACCAGCCCCGCCCUGGAGCACCACAAACACAAAUCAGGGGGUAGCCAUAGGACGGGGUCCCCAAAAACAUCCAUGAAAGAAUCCAUCAACGAGCUGCAGAAUAUUCAGAGACUCGUCAGUGGGCUGGAGAGCCAGCGGGAAACAUCCCCUGCGAGGGAGUCCCCGAAGUGACGCGGGCGCCUCCCCGAACCCCAGACUGGCUAGAACGAUGCAAGGGUCACUGUAGAAAUUGAUUUGUACAGCACAUUUGCAAGAUAGAAAAUUACGCUUGGAUUGGUGGAUGGAUGGAGCGACCAGCGGCGGCACCAGCGAGCAGAAAAGCAUUGUAAAACAAUGAAGUGUGUUGUAAUAUUAUCAAACAGGACACUCAAUAGAUAUUCAUACCUAAACUUGAAAGGACAAAGAAACUGUUAACUGAUCAAGUACAUAAACCGCUUAAGACACUGACAAAGACACAAUACUACAAUGGGGAAGGAAAGGACAAAACUGUAAAAAUAGCAAUUGAGUAUAAUAGUUUUAAUAGGUCAAUGCACGGAGAAGUGCGUUGCAGUGCCGCUCUGGAGCUAUACUGAUAAGAAACAAGAAGGGAUUUCAGAGACAAUGCGUCAUGUCAGCGUUGACAAGUCCUUUUGCUUUGGAACGGUAACAAGGAGAGUUCGUGCCGCUUGGUGAAUUCAACGAGGAAGAAAACGCAGAAGCUACAUCCAAAAAUACCUUUCAAAAGGGAUGGGAAAGCGAAAAGUGGACUUUGUUGUUAUUUGUUUAAACUGUGUACCUGAAAUAUUUAUGUAAUUAACAAAAAAUUAAAAAAAAAGUAAAUUGUGUAAAUAAGCUAUACGGAUCCCAGAAUAUGCAAAUUCGAAUUAAUUUAUUCAAAAUUGUACAUUGGCGUGUACAUAAUAUUUAGAGUUUAACUCGUUGCAUUUAUUAUUAUUUUCAUUUUACACGAGCAUUUAUUGUAAAUGAUAAAUAUUUAGCGCUUUGUGGUUUGAAAAGGAGAAAACAGUUUCAAUUGUUGUUAUCCUGCCUGUCACACUAAAAAAGAAAUUCAUGUGCCAUCAUUCCAUUCUGCUUGUUCAGUGUUACAAAUGAAGACACAAAUCAAACUAUUAAAAUAUAUUCCCCACAUAAUAUAUUCUAUCUAAUAACCCGGGAUACAUCAAGGCAGGAAAAAUCUAACUAUUAAAAUAUAUUCCCCACGUAAUAUAUCCUAUCUAAUAACCCGGGAUACACCAAGGCAGGAAAACCUCAGGUUUGUUUCACUCCAGUGCAAAUAGAGACUUUUGUUUUUCAGUUUCUCUUUUAAAAAAUAUGGUGGCGCAAUAUAGGGUUAAACUUACAAGCGGGUUUCAAUUAUGUUGGUCAUUCGGGUCAAUUUGUAAGUUUUUUUGUUGAAUUCUCUCACGCUUUCAAUUAAAAAAAUCAAGGUGG